UUUUUUUCAUUACAAAAUUAUCCAUAACAUGAACAUUGUAAAACAAUGGUGAAUAUUUGCUUAGAACAAAUUAAGGGAAAAUAAUUUUGAGGGUUCAAGUCAAUGGGUUAGGGGCUAAGGUUAAGACAAGGACAUGUCAGCCAAAAACCUUGAAUUGGAGAUGGCAGUAAAUAAGCGUAGACCUAAGGACCUAAGGACCUCAAGAAUAUGGAAGCAUUCUGUAUGGAAUGGUCUUAAAUCCAUUCAACGGUUUUCUCAAAUGUCAUAAACAUAGGAAUACGUUUGGCAAAGGGGUGGGGGCAGUAUGACCUGAAAACAAAGGUAACAAUAAUGUUGGCAGAAUCUGUUAGAAAAAUAAAUGUAUGUUUAGAGACAUGAUUUUACUUGUAUAUUUAUUUUUUCCCACUUGCUUUGGCAAAGUAAAAAAAAAAAAGUCACAAUCCAAUAACGACCUUGAAUUGAAAUCAAAAUACAUUUAACAUGUUGGAAAGUUAUGAUAUAGUUCAGUGCCUUGUUGUUUAUUUGAUACAGCCCCUUUUGGUCAUUCUUAUCAAGAGGGCCAGUAACGUUGGCUGUAACUGCUGCACUAAAUGCCUGGUUAAGCUGAUGCAUCAAAUGUCGUCUCUGUCGCCAUCUGCUGGCAUUGACUAGUGACUCUCCAAACACACUGAGCAAUACCGGACUGACUCACUGCCAGAGAGAAGAGAACCAAAACACGGGCCUGGCUGACAUCAUCUUACGGAUGUUUCUAAUAACGUAAGGGUAACUGGUAUUUGCUCGCAUUGGAUCAACGGAGAAGUAAAGUUAAUCUGUUCUCAGUAAUAUGGCCUAGCAUGAUCUUUACAAGGCCAUCCCAGCAAUAUAAUUUGGAUGCUGCGGCAAAGAGCGACGACAUCCUUCCGCACGAGCUACUGAUUGUUAUCCCCGCGAAGGAUUUAUCCCGGAACCCCCCGCGCGCGCGGAACAUAAGGGUUCUCUUCCACACUGUGAAACAAUCAUGACUGCUAUGAGGACAUUGACGGCCGCGGGACUGUUUUUGGCUUUUUGCGCGUUGGGGCUCAUAGCAGUGGCAAUAUGCACUGACAAUUGGUACGAGACGGAUGCAAGGAGGCACAGGGAACGUUGUAAAAAUUAUUCCAACAAAAGGAACGACCCCGGAUACAUCUACAUCUCCAACCAUAACCUUCCACUCCGCAUGCUACCGAAAGAGAAUAACGUGGAAAGGAAAGGGUCCAGCGGGGGAGUGCUUCUACGGGGCAAGCGGCACUUCUUGCCCCCUGCUCCGGCCAUGGAGUCUCUCUGCAGUCGGCAGUACAACUCCACCAUCACUGGGCUGUGGAGGAAGUGUCAUCGGGAGGGAUUCGACCUGGAGACAGAAGAUCUAAUCUUUAAAGGUUUGGUUCAGCGAUGCAUACCAAUUAAAUACUACUACUCCUCAUCAGCCCUGCCCAGAAAUCUGAACAUCAACUUAACCAGGACCAUCCGACAGGACGAGUGGCACGCACUCCACCUGCAGAGAAUGACCGCCAGUUUCAUAGGAAUGGCAGUGUCCAUCAUUCUGUUUGGCUGGGUGAUUGGAGCCCUCGGCUGCUGUAAGCAACAUGACCUGAUGCAGUAUGUAGCUGGACUCCUGUUCCUGAUGGGAGGGACGUGCUGUAUAAUCUCACUGUGCACGUGUGUGGCCGGCAUCAACUUCGAGCUGUCCCGCUACCCUCGUUACAUGUACGGGAUCCCCGAGGACAUCAGUCACGGAUACGGCUGGUCCAUGUUCUGCGCGUGGGGGGGGCUAGGCCUCACCCUGUUGGCCGGGUUUCUGUGCACACUGGCCCCCUCCCUCUACCCCCCCGUGCCCCACACCACGGCGGAGAGGUCACAGCGCAAGCCCCGACACGAGAACGGCUGUGUGUGACAAUUAAAAGGGAAUUAUAAUUUCAGAUGAAUUGGGAAUGUCCAUUCUAGUAAUGGGGAUCUCCAUUCUAGUAAAGUGAAUGACCAUUCUAGCAAUGGUCACUGACACUUCUAGUAAUGGGAAUGUCCAUUCUAGUAAAAGGAAUGUCCAUUUUAUUAAAUGACCAUUCUUGUAAAGGAAAUGUCCAUGUCCAUUCUAGUACUGAGAAUGUCCAUUCUAGUAGUGAGAAUGUCCAUUCUAUUUUGGGGAAUUUCCAUUUUAGUAAUUGGAAUGUCCAUUCUAGUAACAAAAUAUCCAUUCUAGUAACUCUAUUUCUGUGUGGCGUUCCGCCAAACCUCCCCGGUGCCAGGAGUGUGUGAUACCAGAGACACUCAGUAUUUUCCAGACUUUCCAAUGACAGGACUCACAUUCCUCCUGAGUCCUGUCCAUACUCUAUUCUCUAAUAGACAAGUAGAGUCAUCCCCUCCACUGAAAAGGGACGUUCUGUCUGGACUGGGACUUUACCCUAAGAACUAAGGGACUAAGAACCCUGGGACUAAGAACUAAAAAAGACACAAAGAGAACCCUGUCUCCACAAAAAAAGACACAAAGAGAACCCUGACUCCACAAAAAAAGAGACAAAGAGAUGUUGGCUCUGACUCUCCAGCUUGAGGGGAUGAGGACAUUUUACUGAAGAGGAAUUCAGAUAUUAUGGUGCUUUUUAUUUAGUCUCUCCUCUUCCUCUUUUUGUCCUAAUCCAAACUGUCAACCGUUUCAGUACAGAAUUAUCUUUUUGUCCAAUAAUAAAUUGUUCAGUGUUAUUGCUUGCUAUACAACAGGAGAAAAGUACUUUCCUAAAUAUCUUCCUGGACUUUUGAUGCUGGUUAAAAAAAAAUGUAUGAACGCAUAAGAAUGAUAAUGGCACAAACUUAAAGGGACGAAUUCUAACUUACACGUACGUAUUUUUUUAUUUUUUUUUUACUUAGUCUGCCAUUGGCUUCAAUGCAUGGCCAAGUGAAAAUUAGACAUAGGUCUAAGUUAGGAUACGCCCGAGGUUAAGAAUUAAUAAAGUUGAAAAUGAAAAUAAUAUGCGUGUGUAUUCUCACAUUUCCAAAGGGCGUGUAGUAGUAUUACUGUAUGUGCCCAUUGAAUACAAAGUAUUAUGUUAAUGUCGAAUUUAUGUAUGCAUAUUUGCAUUUGUGUGUAAAACAUUAAGAUACAAGAUUGUAUUUGAUGGGAGAUGUUUUGAUGUUAUCAUUAAAGGUUUGAUCUUGAUAGCCCAAUCAAGAUAUUUUUGAAAAAUAAAGUGAUCUUACAAACCGCC